AUGAAACAAUCGAAACCAAACACUUUUUUUAUAUUUAUGAGUUAAGUUUUGGCUUUUAAAAAUUAAGUGAUAUGCACAUGAAGUAGCACUUUCGUCACUUCCAACUAUUUCAAAUCACUGGCCAUUAAAAUAUUUCAGAUUGACACCUGCCAAGCCCAGGGUCUCAUUCGAAGUGGGUGUGGCUUAUGUUACUGUGAAUCGGCAACCUGUUUUAGAGUUAAUUGUAGUCUAAUCAAUGUUGUAAUCGGCUGUCGAAGUGUUAAAAUAUCCGCUACUCUGUUAAAAUAUAUCUGUGUCAAUUGAGAAGGAAGACUGAAAUAUUAAGCUGCAAUUACAAUUAUUUCGUGGCGACUUUAUAGAACAUGCCCGUGGCGGAUCUGAUUAGCUGACAUUCACGUGACGUAGAUUUAGAUGACCCGUGUCAGGUCACCGCGAGAGAAACAGUUCGCUGAUACGCAGGUGAGCCUGUCUAAGAAGUUGCUCUUAGUGUGAUUGGACGUGGGAUACUCUGAACUAUUAAGCUUUGGAAAGUCGGAUCUGAUUCCUAAUACACUGUCACUUCUCAAGUUGAAAUCCACGACAGACAACACUAGACAUGGCGCAUAACCACAACCACAUGGACAUGUCAACCAUGAAACCAGGCAUGGGCGACAUGAUGAACAUGAACAUGAGCAACGCCAACUGCAUGAUGAUGAUGUAUUUCCAUACAGGAACCUGUGAAUAUGUGUUGUUUGAGAAGAUAGUUGUAAGCAAUGCUGGACAGAUGGGCGGUGCUUGUGUCGUGAUAUUUUUCCUUGCCAUGCUGUACGAGGGGCUGAAGUGUCUCAGAGAGUACCUCAUCCAGAAGAACAAUGUCGGGACAAAGUACUACAACACCACUCUCCCAGCCGGGUCAUCGAAAGAAAAUAUGGUCAUGGAAUCGAAGGAAACUGUCCACGGGAAGAUGUUGAGUGGCGGCCACUUCCUCCAAACAAUCCUCCAUAUGGUGCAAGUGUUCGUCAGCUACUGUCUCAUGCUGGUCUUCAUGACAUACAAUGUCUGGCUGGGUCUUGCCGUCAUUCUUGGAGCAGGAGCAGGCUAUUUCUUUUUCGGCUGGAAAAGAGCAGUGGUCGUGGACAUUAAUGAACACUGUCAUUAAAACUUACUGAAUUAUACACAAUGUCAAGUAUCCUGGGACUCCAUUUUGUAUAUUUUGUCAAAGAAAACCUAAAACAUCUACGUGACAAAAUCUAAAGCUUGUAUCAAAACUUGAGAUUUUGAAUCCAAAAGACUCGCAUGAAUUGUACAAAUAUUAAUAGGUAUUUUUAUUUGUAUUUUUUAAGGAACUGUUAUAUACUCACUGACAAAAGAAACGCUUACCAUAGAAACAUAUAGAGAUGCAUGGACGUUAAGCAUGUUAAGAAGAGAUGUUUCUAACGUGUACCACUUCAUGACAAAACAAUCAGUCAAGUGUGACCACAGACUAUCUUUGUUCAUUAACGAUUUCCAAACUUUACACACUAAUCCUGCACGAGAAUGGUGCAUCUCGAGUCAUGGAUCUAUGACGUCGCAUGUGAUGUGUUCAUGAGCGUCGGUUCACACAACAUACCAGUAUGUUCAUUUGUGCAUCGAACCAAUCUAAUAUCUCUUAAGUAUGAGUAGAAUCUAAUUCUUCAUAUAUUAACAAAGUUAUGGUAUUCACAUUUCUUUUGUCUGUGAGAAUAUAUGUGCAACAUUAGAUUGUAAAGAUGUUUUGACCCUUUCUCUUGGGCUAGCCUGGUAGUUAGGUUGUUAGCUUGUCAAUGUGCUCUAUUUUCGUAGAUUUUGAAAAAUCUGCAAUUUCAUUUUGAUAACUGAACCGCCGAUAAAUGCUGAAAAUAUGAUACAACGACACUGUAUGUUCUAAAAAUGGCUGCAAGUACUAAGAAGGAAUGAAACAGUAUUUCAGUAAUGAUUGAUUUCGAACAGUUGCAGACCAUUGUUUUGGGAUAAUCAAAUUUGCUUUUGGUAUGCUGAUAUAAGCAUGUCUUCAAUUUUUGUUUGUUUAAUCAAAAAAAGCAAAACAUUUCAUAAUAAAAAAAUAAUGAUAUGGAUUAAUAGUAAGUCAUGCUUCACACACACACCAAAAAAAACAACAACCCGCACACACACACACAAUCACACACACACACACAAUCACACACACACACGCACACAAAACACACACACACACAUAAAACACACGCACACACACAUAUUAAUAGGCAACACAAACUACUAUAAUGAACAUUAAACAUCCAUGUCUUCAUAUACCAUGAAGGUGCUAAUUAAUGUAAAGAUGAAGUCUGCAAAGCAGUGAUGUCAUCUUUUACAUUGUGUGAAAUAUAUGUGAAUGGUUCACUGAUCGAUGAAGUCAAGGCGAUACAGAUUUUCAUAUAUAACGUUUAAUUAGAGUUUGUGUUGUACCAAUUGACUGAUAGGUGCCACAUAUAGCUGUGCAGAGUUACCUUCCUUAGUGGCACCAGGAUCAGCUGUCUUAGAUGCGUAUCCCUGACUAUACCCCUUGGUCAGUCAGCCCAUGCCCAAGCUCAGCGGUUUCACACAAGUGGUAAACAUCUACAACUUACGUCUCAUAAAGCAGGAAUAUUGCUGAGUGUGGCGCUAAGCAACACAAUUAAACAAACAACUUGUGACACCCAGGGUUUUCCUUCACAUUCACCAGACACAUAAGGAAAACCCAGCCCAACUUAUUUAGAUGCAGGGGCUCAAAUGACCCGGUCGUCUAAGGCGCUGAGUUGCCUCCCUUGCAACCUAUGAUCAUGGGUUCGAAUCCCAUCUUUCUUGGUUUACAGUUUACACAUCAAGUAUUAAAUGUCUGAGCUGUGCAUCAUGAUGUACUUGGUGCACAUUCAUACAUCUGAAGGAAGUUUUAUACUGUAUGUUUAUAAUAAGAACCAGGAAUAAUAUUUCAUUAAUCUUUUGAAUGGCACAAUAGAUCGGACUACUGCUAACAAAGUCGUCACGUGCUGGGGAGGAUCUUGUGGGCCCAUUUGCCAAGGGAGGCAACUCCAGUUACUUAAGGGAGGGAACUCCAGUUGCAUAAGGGAGGGAACUCUGGACAUUCAGUUAUUGCAUGGUGAGAGUGAUAGAGUCAGCUCAAACUGACCCUGGAUUUCAUUGAUGAUGAAAAUUAUAAUGAUAUAACAUAAUACCAUAUAGCCAGACAAAAUGUAACACUUUACUUAAGGUAUGCCAGUCAUAAUAAUCCAUUGUAUAAUUGUACAGAAGGUUCCACAUAAUGGCUUGGUUUGGUUUAUGUUACAAUCAUGGUCAGCUUGACCACAGGAUUCACUUACAAAAAACAACAACAACAACAACCAGUGUUGUGAUUAAAUAUAUAUUGAUACCACAUUGAGCAAAGUGACUUUUUUAUCAUAUUUGAGUUAUGAUAUUCAGGAGCUGACCAGUUGCAACAAUAUAUCAAUAACCUGUAGAAUAGAUGUAUCAGUGCUUUUUUGCAUGUCAGCAUUGAAAUAUUUUGUGGUCCAUUAAAUACAGGAAAUUUUAGCAGAUCAAAACUUCGAAACCAGAUCAAUUAUUUUCUGGAGAAUUUUUUUUUUUUAAAUGUCGCUACACUAAAUAAAGAUUUUUUGCAUGUUUGUUAAAUGUUAUUGCAAGAGUAUAUAUUUCGGAGAAUAAUCUCAAUCCUUUGAGAAUUUAUGAACUCGUGGUUAAAGUGUUUUCUUGUCACGCAACAGACCAGGGUUUGAGUUUGUUUGUUGAGUGUGUGGAGAAGGAGUGAGCCUAAUUCUGGUACAGCGUAAAACAACAUUCUCUCAAAUUACCAUCUUGCUUCAGAAUCAGGAACAAAUACUGCCAGCACAAGCUAUGUUUUGUCCAGUGGAAGGUCAUGAAUAUAUUUGCAUAACAUUUUGUGUGUUCAUAAUAUUGUCUUUCAUGUUGAUGUUUAUUUCAUAAUUCUGAUGUAGUUUACAUUUUAACGAAUAUUUGUUAAUUGUGUACAUUACUUUUUCUUUGAAAUGACAUAAGUUGACCAAAGGAUAUUGAUUUUAUGAUUUUAUGAAUAUUACCUUUUUGUAUGUUUUGCAUUAAUUUAGUUGAAGACAUUUCUAUAAAGUCUACAGAACGGGGAAGUGGGGUAGCCUAUAGGUGAGGGUGUUCGCUUGUCACGUUGAAGGCCCGGGUUCAAUUCCCCGCAUGUGCACAAUGUGUGAAACCCAUCUCUGGUGUCCACUGCUGUGAUAUUGCUGAAAUAUAUCUGAAAGCGGCGUAAGAUUCAACUCCCUCACUCCUGUAACAUACAAUCCUGGGAUAAAAGGAACCUUGAGAAGUUUCCUAAACAAUCUUGAAAUGUUUUACAGUUGGUGUAAAUUGAUUGACAGAAGUACAAAAUAUGCUGUUGAAAAGAACAAAUUGUUAUUAUGAUCCACAUGAAAAUGUCUGACAAGGCUUAAAAAAUAGUAAGAAUUGGUUCUCAGGCAAUGACUUUUGAAAUUAUAGUGUGAGCGGGCGGUGGUUUUUGUUUUUGCUUGUUCAAACUAGUAUGUAACCAAAUAAACAGUUGUGUACCAUCAACCUCGGAAAGGGCCUCCCUAUAUCACUAUAUAAUAAGCAUUCAACUCCUUUUACAACCAUUACACGAGAUGCACAGUAAAGCAGUGCUCUUGUAGAGGGAAUAACUGCAUGUUAUACUGGAUCGCGUUGUUUUUAAGUAUAAGGAAAAUGGAAA